GUAAAACUGAAAGUAGAAUUUGUAAACAAACAUAAUUUACAUCGGAAUUCAGCACUCAGCGGAAUGUUUAGCCGAGUCCCACCUUUAAGUCCUGAUUUAAACAAGGAAACAAAAAGCUUAAGCGAGAGAAAGAUCGAAGAGAGCAAGGGAUCAAAAAAUGAAGAAACUGAGCCUGCAGCAAGUGCAACAAAUAAGCCAAAGAAUGUCAGAUCGGAUCUCUGGAGUAAAUUUAAGGCAUUGGAGAAAAAGACAGAUGAAGUUACCAAGAGAUCAGCAGAGAAAAGAAUUAAACAUCUACAGAAAAAUUUAAUGCAGAAAAUUCAAAAGGAGAUUACAGAUGAGGAAGACAAAGAUAUUCUACGUCAACAUGAUGUGAAGUUUGGACCAGCUGUAAAGGAUGAUCCAUGUACCUCAAGGAAGAGAAAGCACCCUGAAUGUGAAAAUGAGCCAAAAGAUGAACUAAAGAACAGUGAAUGGAAGAGCAUUAAAGGAUUUCUGAAUGUUAAUGAUCAUCUUAAAGGCACAGAUCCUGGAAAAUAUGGACCAAAGUCAUCAUUAGAACAAAAAAUUGAUGAAUCCAUUAAAGAAGCAGACUUUAAAACAGCUGAGGAACUUAGUGAUUAUAUGUCUACCAGAGAGUUUGGAAAAAAGAUUGCAGAUGCUAUUGAUGCCAAAAAGUUUAGUCAGCAAUUAGAGGAGAAGAAAGAGUCAAGCAAAGAAAAAAAUAAAAAGAAAUUACCUUGGGGAUUUGAGCAUAAACAAAGAUGGGAAACAAAAUCUGCAAUGUAGCUCGACUUCAAUUACCUCAAAUUCGAUGUUCAUAUUUAAUUCAAUAAAACAUGUUGAUGUUUUU